GUAGCCUUGAGCCACUUCCGUCGACCGGUUGGGAAUCCGGCGCCCGGGUGGUCCGUAAACGAUUCUGGACCCGCGGCCAUGUCCAGGGCCCGCAACCCCCUUGGAUUGUGGGAAAUGUAGUUUUUUGCCUCCGUAAGGGACCAGGCGGAGCUGAGGAACCGCGCGAGGACUGGGACCGUGACUCCCCUAACCGGAAGCUGUCGCCUUUCGGGCCCGUCCGGGCCUGGGCCAAUGCAGAAUCGGGGGCCGAGAGGACGCCAGGGGGCGCUGCGCGUAGGAACCGCCGGGUGGGCGCUGCCGAUCGGGGCCGACUCGGGGACGGACCGGAAGUGCCUGAGGGCGGCCGCGGAAGUCAAUUUGAGCCGCGUCGGGCUUCCCUGCGACCGGGGCCGCCGCCCACAGACCAUGCUCCUGGGGCGCCUGACCUCCCAGCUGCUGAGGGCCGUUCCCUGGGCAGGCGGCCGCCCGCCCUGGCCCGUCUCUGGAGUGCUGGGCAGCCGGACCUGCGGGCCCCGUUACAGCACACCGCCGGCCGGCCCAGGUAGGGCGGCCUCCCUUCCUCGCAAGGGGGCCCACCUGGAGCUGGAGGAGAUGCUGGUCCCCAGGAAGAUGUGCGUCAGCCCCCUGGAGAGCUGGCUCAUGGCCCGCUGCUUCCUGCCCAGACUGGAUAGCCGGACCGCAGGCCCCGUGGCUCCACCCCAAUCCUACCAGUGUCCGCCCAGCCCGAUAGGGGAAGGGGCCGAGCAGGGGGAUGAAGGCGUUGGGGAUGCGCCUCAAAUUCAGUGCAAAAACGUGCUGAAGAUCCGCCGGCGGAAGAUGAACCACCACAAGUACCGGAAGCUGGUGAAGAGGACGCGGUUCCUGCGGAGAAAGAUCCGGGAAGGACGCCUGAAACGCAAGCAGAUCAAGUUCGAGAAAGACCUGAGGCGCAUCUGGCUGAAGGCGGGGCUGAAGGAAGCCCCCGAAGGCUGGCAGACCCCCAACAUCUACCUGCGAGGCAAAUGAGUCUGGCGCCGCCCUUCCCGCCCGUUGUUGCUGCGAUCUCUAGUAAUAAAUGCUCAGAGGACUCGACCAUU